AUGGACAAUCUCCCCGAAAACCAUGAUGAGGUUCCACCAGCGUACAACACAGACGAGCAAUUGCCAGUACCAGAGGAACAAACCGCCCGAGUCCUUCCAUUCCUUACGACAAGAUUGUCCAGGGACACGGAAAUAUUGACCUUGCAAAGGAAUAAUAUGCAACAUGAUUUGGAGCAAAUCCGUCGACUUGUUAAUAUUCUCUGCUGUUUGAUAGGUGUAGUGAUUGUUGGAUGGAUUCAUUUCGGUGGGACUGUUCAGGUACAGUUGGUGUCCAGUACAAAAUCCCUCAUUCCCAUUUCCGCAAUUUUCAUUCUCCAGAUUGGAAUCCUCAUCAUUAUCAUCCAAAACCACAAUCAUGGAUUCCAACAACUUUCCACAACCACCACCACUAUACGCAGAAACCCCAGAAGAAGGAGAGCAAAAAUCCAACAAGUCCAAGCCACCAGCGCCGAGCUCACGGAACUUGCAUUGCGUCGAGAACAGAUGCGAGAAUUCCACGCUCCGGUAGCAGAACACACGAAACUCCUCGCGGAACAAGCCGAGCGAAUUGCUCUACUCGAAUUUCUUGUCAAUGCAAUGGAUAAGGACAUAGUGAAUUUGCUCACCGUCGCCGAGAUACUUUCUAGCAAUGCAACUACUGCCAAAAGUGAGGGUAAAUGGAUGUCUGAUGUUGGCAAGGCAAUGUUUGUUAUGUUGAUCUGGAUACCAACGUUCUUUCUGCUUAUCAUCAAGUUGCUUCAAUUGACGAAAGGUUGGUCAGAGACAUGA